AGACUAUUCUACCAAAUAACCUAAAAGGUAAACCGAAUACAAACGGCAUCUCGGGCAUUUUUCUAUUUAUUUCUUAAUUGUAUACAAUAAUAAUUACAAUGAGCCGAAACUAUAAGGAAGAUCAGGUCAAUGAGGUUGAAGCCCUUGACUCCAUUUAUUGUGGCGAAAUGGAAGUUCUCCAAACUGAGCCAUUUCACAAAUUUCAAAUUCCCAUUGCCACGGAGGAGUACAAUGCCGAUGCAGCGGAAGACAGUGAAAAAGGUUUAGCUUGCAAACUUGUGUUUACGUACACAGAAAUAUAUCCAGAUGAAGCGCCGUUGGUGGAAAUUGACGAAGCUGAAAAUUUUGAAGACAAUUUCGAAGCACAGCUUCUGGAACACUUGCGCAAGUCAAUUGAGGAAAACAUUGGCAUGGAGAUGAUAUUUUCAUUAGUGAGUAGUGCACAGGAAUGGCUAAAUGUGCAGUGGGACGAACACAAGAAAACCCAGGAGGAUGAACGGGCGCGCAAGGUCCAAGAAGUCGAAGAAGCGGAAAGAAAGAAAUUUGAGGGCACGCGAGUGUCUGUCGAGACAUUUAUGAAAUGGAAACUAGAUUUUGAAGAGAGCACGGGUAUUGCUGCCAAGCGAGAGAAGAACAAUGAUAGCAAGAAACUAACAGGGAGGGAGCUAUUUAUGUGCGAUAACACAUUGAACGAAUCAGACAUCAAAUUUCUGUUGGAGGCCGGCGAAAAUCUUGAGAAUGUUAAAAUUGAUGAAACAUUGUUCCAAGAUAUUGGUGAACUGGAUUUAGAUGAUGACGACGAUGAGGAUUGGGUGCCUGGAGCCGAUGACGAUGAUGAUUAAGCCAUUCUGCGAUAUUAAAAUAAAAGUCAUGUAAGGCAUACUUGUGUAUUGUAAACAAAACAGCUUAACUCUCAAUGGUGGC